AUGAAGGACGAGCAGAUUGUCGGCGCCGCCUUGGCUGAAGUUCUUCCCAAGACAGACAGAUACUGGUUUCAACAGCCGCAUUUGCUCAGGUUGAAUUUGCUACUUCUAAUCCCUCUGCUGUCCUCUUCAGUUGCAGGUUACGAUGGCUCUUUGAUGAACGGCCUCCAGUCCCUCCAACAAUGGCGAGAAUACUUUGGACAUCCGGCCGGCGUAAGGCUGGGAGUUGUGAACGCAGCACAAUCUAUCGGAUCCGUCCUAGCUCUACCUAUCGUGGGAUACCUGGCAGAUCGCUUUGGCAGGAAGCCAGUUCUCUUGUCUGGCAUCAUCCUCAUCAUUGUCGCCACAAUAAUUCAGUCCACCUCGAUCAAUCUACCGAUGUUCAUCAUCUCACGGCUGAUUGUUGGCUUCGGCGGCAUGUUUGUCGUUCAUCCGAGUCCCAUGCUCAUUGCUGAAUUAGCUUGUGCGAUCUUGGCCUCUUGGACAACUUUUGGCUGCCAAGACUAUCAAAGCGAGUGGGCAUGGCGGGUGCCUUCUGUCCUUCAAGCCGGCUUCCCACUGGUGCAGCUAUGCUUCUAUGCCUGGGUCCCAGAGUCGCCCAGAUGGCUGGUAGCACGAGAAAGAACUACAGAGGCAGCUGCAAUUCUCGCAAAGUAUCAUUCAGGGAUCCAUGUCACAUCCGAAGGCCACACUCCUCUUGUCAGCCGUGAAGUGGCCGAAAUUGUCCAGACAAUCCAGCAAGAAAAGUCUGCAGAGACGACGGGCUGGAUGGCAUUGGUGUCUACGCCUGGCAAUCGCAAGAGAACGCUGAUUGCGGUUUGUGUGGGAGCUUUCGCCCAGUGGAAUGGCAUAGGAGUAGUCUCGUACUAUCUCACGCUGGUUCUCAAUACCGUCGGCAUCACGGACACCUUCACACAAACUUUGAUCAACGGUCUCCUGCAAAUCUUCAACUUUGCUGCCGCUCUGAGCGCCGCCUUCCUAGUUGAUCGUCUCGGCCGCCGGACUCUAUUCCUUUGGUCAGGGGCGGGCAUGCUGUUGAGCUACAUUGUCUGGACAGCCUGCUCAGCCGUCAACACGGAUACCGGGUCCAAAUCCGCUGGAAUUGUUGUUGUCGUCUGCCUCUUCACCUUUUACUUCCACUACGACAUUGCUUACACCCCACUACUGCUGGGAUAUCCAACCGAGAUUUUUCCCUACUCUCUGCGUUCCAAAGGCAUCGCGGUUGAGCUAUUUGCAAUCUACGGGUCACUGAUCAUCGCGGCAUUCGUCAAUCCCAUCGGUCUAGAGAAUAUUGGGUGGCGUUAUUACAUUGUCUUCUGUUGCUUUUUGGUAGUAUUCUUUGUCGUUACGUGGGUCUUGUUCCCGGAGACCAAGGGGUACAGCUUGGAAGAGAUUGCUGUGAUUUUCGACGGACCUCAGGCUGUGGAAAACUUUGAGGAUGCUUCAGAGUCGAAGGAAGAGAAAAUACUUGCUAAAGGCGGAACUCACGAUAUCGUACAUAAGGAGGAGGCAUAG